AUGCAUUAUAUCACAGACUGUGUGACUAAGAUGUUCAAAGAUACCAGCUUUCAAGGAGGAGAUGUAACUACUGUUUUUACACCAAGUGCCAAACACUGCCAAAUCCUCUGCACCCAUCACCCACGAUGUUUGUUCUUCACUUUUAUGACUGACUCAUCAUCUGAAGACCCUAAUAAAUGGUUCACUUGUGUCCUGAAAGACAGUGUCACUGCAACACUGCCAAAGAUCAACAUGUCAGGAGCAAUAUCUGGAUAUUCUUUCAAACAAUGCCCACACCAAAUAAGUGCUUGCAACAAAGAUGCUUAUGUGAAUCUAGACAUGAAGGGUAUGAACUAUAAGAGCUCUAUUACCACUUCUGCUCAGGAAUGUCAAGAGAGAUGCACAAAUGACAUCCAUUGUCACUUUUUCACAUAUGCCACAGAGAAGUUUCCCAGCUUGCAGCAUCGUAACGUCUGUCUAUUGAAGUACUCCCAAACUGGAACACCAACCAAGAUAACAAAGAUCAAUAAUGUGGUGUCUGGAUUUUCAUGGAAAUCCUGUGCACUUUCCAACCUGACUUGUAUUAGAGACGUUUUCCCUGGGACAGGGUUUGCCGACAGAAACAUUGACAGUGUCUUGGCUCCAGAUGCUUUUGUCUGCCGUCGCAUUUGUACUCAUCACCCGAACUGUUUAUUUUUCACUUUCUUUUCUAAAGAAUGGCCAAAAGAAUCUGAAAGAAAUCUUUGUCUUCUGAAAUCAUCAGAAAGUGGAUUACCAAGUACACGCUACAAAAAGAAGAAUACCUUUUCUGGUUUCAGUCUACAAAACUGCAGACACAGCAUUCCAGUGUUCUGUCACUCUUCGUUUUACCACAAUACUGAUUUCUUGGGUGAAGAAUUAGACAUUGUUGAUGUGGAAGGGCAUGAAGCCUGUCAGAAAAAGUGUACAGACUCCAUACGCUGCCAAUUUUUCACCUAUUCUCCAUCACAAAAGCUUACAAACGAAGAGGAGGGAAAAUGUUACUUAAAACUUUCAUUGAAUGGAUCCCCAACAAAAAUACUUCACGGGAGAGGUGGCAUAUCUGGAUACACAUUACGGUUAUGUAAAAUGGAUAAUGAUAAAAUACAGAAUACACUCCAGAAAGCCAAAGUUCCCUUGAUAACAAAUGAAGAAUGCCAAGAAAGAUACAGAGGACACACAAUAACCAAUAAGAUGAUUUGUGCUGGCUAUAAAGAAGGAGGAAGGGAUGCUUGUAAGGGAGAUUCUGGGGGCCCCCUGUCCUGUAAAUCUGAGGAAGUCUGGCACUUGGUGGGUAUCACAAGCUGGGGAGAAGGCUGUGCUCAAAAAGAGCGGCCAGGCGUUUACACCAAUGUGGUCGAGUAUGUGGACUGGAUUUUGGAGAAAAUUCGAGCAGCGUGA